ACUUAUUGGGUUUUGAUGUGUGAUGGCUCCCCUGAGUCCAAGAGUAGUGGUGAAGGUGGAUUUGAAGAAGAAGCCAUUGCAGCAGAACCAGCCACUGCACAAUAGAUGGCAUCCGGAGAUACCACCAGUAGCAGAGGUCAAGGCUGGUGAGUUUUUCCGGGUGGAAAUGAUUGAUUGUAUGGGAGGUGUUGUCAAAGACAAUGACUCUGCAAGCGAUAUCAAGAACGCAGAUCUAACAAAUACUCAUUACCUAAGUGGGCCGAUCAAAGUUGUGGAUGAGGAUGGUGUUGCAGCUAAGCCAGGUGAUCUUCUUGCUGUUGAGAUAUGCAACUUAGGUCCUCUUCCAGGAGAUGAAUGGGGAUUCACUGGUUCGUUUGAUAGAGAGAAUGGCGGUGGUUUCUUGACUGACCAUUUCCCUUGUGCCACCAAAGCUAUUUGGUACUUUGAAGGGAUCUAUGCCUACUCUCCUCAAAUUCCUGGAGUACGAUUUCCAGGUUUGACACAUCCUGGAGUCGUUGGCACCGCGCCAUCGAUGGAACUCCUGAGAAUAUGGAAUGAAAGGGAAAGACAAUUAGAAGAAAGUGGUCUCAAGUCCCCAACACUAUGUGAGGUUGUGCAUCAACGACCACUGGCAAACCUACCAACAACUAAAGGAUGCCUCCUAGGGAACAUUCAAGAAGGAACACCGGAAUGGGAAAGGAUUGCAAACGAGGCUGCGAGGACGAUACCAGGAAGAGAAAACGGAGGAAACUGUGACAUUAAAAACCUAAGCAAAGGCUCUAAAAUAUAUCUUCCAGUGUUUGUAGAAGGGGCUAAUCUAAGCACAGGAGACAUGCAUUUCUCGCAAGGUGAUGGUGAGAUCUCGUUCUGCGGAGCCAUCGAGAUGAGUGGAUUUCUAGAACUCAAGUGUGAAAUCAUAAGGAAUGGGAUGCAAGAGUACCUUACGCCAAUGGGACCUACCCCUCUCCAUGUAAACCCAAUCUUUGAGAUAGGGCCAGUGGAGCCGAGAUUCUCAGAGUGGCUUGUCUUCGAAGGUAUCAGUGUCGAUGAGAGCGGGAGACAACAUUACCUGGAUGCAACAGUUGCGUACAAACGGGCAGUUCUCAACGCCAUAGACUAUCUCUUCAAAUUUGGUUACUCAAAAGAACAGGUGUACCUCUUGCUCUCAUGUUGUCCAUGUGAAGGAAGACUAUCUGGGAUAGUUGAUUCUCCAAAUGCCGUUGCUACACUAGCAAUACCUACAGCCAUCUUUGAUCAGGAUAUUAGGCCAAAGACUCGGAAGGUUCCAGUAGGACCUCGGAUAGUGAGGAAACCAGAUGUACUGAAGAGCACAUAUGAUGGAAAGCUUCCAAUUACAAAGAAUCCAACAAGUCCACGAGUGGUGGUGAAGGUGGAUUUGAAGAAGAGGCCAUGGCAGCAGACUCAGCCACUGCACAAUAGAUGGCAUCCUGAGAUACCAUCAGUUGCAGAGGUCAAGGCUGGUGAGUUGUUUAGGGUGGAAAUGGUUGACUGGACGGGAGGUGCAGUUAAAGACGAUGGCUCUGCUGGCGAUAUUAAGAGCAUAGACCUCUCUACUGUUCAUUACCUGAGUGGGCCGAUCAAAGUUGUGGAUGAGGAUGGUGUUGCAGCUAAGCCAGGUGAUCUUCUUGCUGUUGAGAUAUGCAACUUGGGUCCUCUUCCAGGAGAUGAAUGGGGAUUCACUGGUUCCUUUGAUAGAGAGAAUGGCGGCGGUUUCUUGACUGACCAUUUCCCUUGUGCGACCAAAGCUAUUUGGUACUUUGAAGGGAUUUAUGCCUACUCUCCUCAAAUUCCUGGAGUACGAUUCCCAGGUUUGACACACCCAGGAAUCAUUGGCACUGCACCUUCAAAAGAACUCCUAAGAAUAUGGAAUGAAAGGGAAAGACAAUUAGAAGAAAGUGGUGUUGAGUCCCUAACACUAUGUGAGGUCGUGCAUCAGCUGCCACUGGCAAACCUACCUACAAGUAAAGGAUGCCUCCUAGGGAAUAUUGAAGAAGGAACACCAGAAUGGGAAAGGGUUUCAAAGGAAGCUGCAAGGACAAUACCAGGAAGAGAAAACGGAGGGAACUGUGACAUAAAAAACCUAAGCAGAGGCUCUAAAAUAUACCUUCCUGUGUUUGUAGAAGGGGCUAAUCUAAGCACCGGUGACAUGCAUUUCUCGCAAGGUGAUGGUGAGAUCUCAUUCUGCGGAGCCAUCGAGAUGAGUGGAUUUCUAGAACUCAAGUGUGAAAUCAUUAGAAACGGGAUGCAGGAGUACCUUACACCAAUGGGACCUACCCCUCUCCACGUAAACCCGAUCUUUGAGAUAGGGCCAGUGGAACCGAGAUUCUCAGAGUGGCUGGUCUUCGAAGGUAUCAGUGUCGAUGAGAGCGGAAGACAACAUUACCUAGAUGCAACAGUUGCUUACAAACGAGCAGUUCUCAACGCCAUCGACUAUCUCUUCAAAUUUGGUUACUCAAAAGAACAGGUAUACCUCUUACUCUCAUGCUGUCCAUGCGAAGGAAGAAUAUCUGGAAUAGUCGAUUCUCCAAAUGCGGUAGCUACACUUGCAAUACCCACUGCCAUCUUUGAUCAGGAUAUUCGGCCAAAGACCCGAAAAGUUCCAGCAGGACCUCGGAUAGUGAGGAAACCAGACGUUAUGAAGAGCACAUAUGAUGGAAAACUUCCAAUUACAAAGAAUCUAAGUUCUUCCUCUUAGCUUCUACAAUAUUUAGAGCUAAUACCAAGAAUGUAUAAUCAAGCAUAUGUUCCAAUAAUAAAGCAACAACUGUGUGUUCCAUAUAAAGCAACUCAAGAAACCACAAGGCACGCAAAAGGCUUAACUUCGCACCAUUAUCUGAGUAAAAGCAUUCACUUUGG